GGCAACCAUUUUUAGUUCGAGUUUGUAUUUCGGUUGAUACGGAUGGGAGGUGGUUUAUAGUGUCGCGCGACUACGCGACUUUUUUUUUAAAAAAUAUACAGCACUGUAAAAUUGUUCAAUAAUAAGUGAUGUGAAGAAAUAAAAAGAUUGAAACAACAAUAAAAUUCUGUUAUACUCGUAUACGUAUAUAAAAUCUUGAAUUUAUCUAAUUUUUGGAGAAAAAUUUAAAGAAGUGAUGUAAUUAGUUAAAGUGCGUCUUUUGAUGAUUCUAUUUAGUUUGCAUAAGGUUUCUGUGUUAACGAUUUUGUGUUGAAUAAAAAGCAAAAUAAAUAUAAAAAAAAAAAGAUUUUUAUUGAAGCAGUAAUCGACCGAAGGAAAAAAUUGCAGAAAAAAUCUAUCGUUGCCACGAAGAAGGAAAAAUUACGAGCUUGAAAGAGUAAAUGCAAAAGAUAAGCAAAUAGAGUCAACAAGCGGAUACUCAACAAGCUAGUGUGUGAUGUGGAAAUGUGACACAAAAAUAGUGUACAGUCCUUAAGAAUAUUGCUGUUGAAUAAUUGGAUAAAAAUAAUUAAGAAAAAAGUUAAAUCACACCAAAAAAUCAGUUUGAAAAAAGUGGAGAAUAUAACAAUACAACAUCCAGAAUAUAAGUGAAAUUAAAGUGUCUAGAAGUAAUCGGUUUCAUAUUCAGAUAUAAGGGGUUAUAAACCUAAAAAUAUUUGUAAAAAGGUGAAAUGUGUAUGUUUUGAAACAAUUCCAACGAUUUCUGUUGUAAAUAUAAACGCGCAAUCAAUACAUAAAUGUAAAAAAAAAAGAAAUCCAAGUAGUUGGACAUAACAUACUCACUAUUUGUUCAUUAAAAAAUAUAAAAUAAUGUGGAUCAGCUAUGUUUUGCAUACAGUUUUCUCAUAGUAGUUAAUUUAUGUAUCAUGAUUAAUGAUUUUUCACGGAAAAUUUACAGUUUAUAAACAAAGGCCACAAUUGGAGCUGCAGAAUGUGCAAUGCUACAACGAAGAUUUGGUGAAUUUAACAAAGGUGAUAAUUUUCAUUCAAUACGCGUCAAAAGAAAAUAAAGUUAAACGAUUGAGAAAAAAAAUAAACUGCUCUAACUAAAAAUCGCUGAAAUCCGCUUCAAUUGAAAUUUCAGUUUUUAAAAAGACGGAAUAACAAACUGAAAACGUGUAUUUUGCAAUACUGUGUGGAAACGACACACGGGGACAUCGACAUUGCAGCAAACAGAUGAGCCCCACAUGUCAAUUGCUGCUGCCGAAAAUGCAGGGCUUGGCCCAUGUGAGAUAUCAGAUCCUUGGGAACCAAACACCACCACCAACAACAACAGCAGCAUUAACAUCAUUGCCAGCAGCAAAGGCAACCAAUUAUUGUUGUCAACAACUUCCUCGACUACGACUGCAUCCAUUAAUAUUGACAGCAACAUUUACUCGAACAGUGUGCUCUUUAAUAACAAUAGUACAGCAACAACUGCCAAUUCAUCGACUAUCACUGUCGUCUGCUCAGCAAGGACAACAACAACAACCACAGUCACAGGUAGCCUCAUCUACAAGCUGCCGCUCUCAUCACCGGCCGCUGCAACAGCUGCCGUUACUGCUUCAACAGCGGGCAGUGGCAGUGGGAGCGUGGUAACAGCCCCAUUGGUGGGCCUAGCACCUUCGAUACCGAACGGUGCCUCCCUCAUCAGCACCGGUACUGGCGGAGUUGGGGGCGUUGCCGGUUUACUGCUAUCGGCAACAGCCUCGACUGGUGCUGGCAGCGGUAGUAUUACGGCACAAACAACAACCGCAAAACUCCAUCAACCCAAAGCCAAUAACGACAACAGCACAGCGGACGGUGGAAACCAAACACUAACGCUGCAACAACAAGAACAACAGCAAUUACAACAGCACAACCAUUUAUUGCUGCAUAACAAAAACAACCUCAAUAUUAGCCUCAACAACAAUAACAAUUUAUUACUGAAUAACCAUAGCAAAAUCAGCAAUAGCAUAAAUUAUAAUCUAAUUUUGCGACAGAAAGCUGUCGCAGCUGCCAAUUUAGCCGCCGCGCUGCAAAACUCCAUCACUAUGAAUGCGGUGGCAUCGCCGAUCUCAAACAAUCCAGCGACGCCGACGCGAAAAAUCAGAAGAAAAACCGAUCCUAAAGCAAAUUUGCCACAAUCGCAAAUUAAUAAGUGCAACAAUGAGAAACGGCGUCGUGAAUUGGAGAACAAUUACAUCGAACAACUGUCGGAAUUUUUACAACUCAACAAACGUGGUGAUGUGGCCUCAACUAAACCGGACAAAGCAGCUAUAUUGAAUCAAGUAGUGAAAACGUAUCGUGAAUUUUGUGACAAAGGCCAAAGUCGUGAUAUAUCCUCUUCAACAUCAGCAAACUCUUCCUCAGCUACCAAUGCGACGUCGCCGAAUAACAAUAAUAACAACACGAAUUCCACUUCAACCCUUAAAAAUAGUAAUAACAAAAACAAUACAACCUCAACACGUUGCCCACGUUGUGCGACCGACAAUUGUUCCAUACAUCCUGUACAACAAGGUGACGUCUCUUCGACAGAACCGCCACUGCCGGAGCCAUCACUGCUAAACGGUCAGGUGCCUGAAAUAUCUGCCUACUUUGAGGCACUAGAACAUUAUCUCUCCUCAGUCGAUUGGGUGCUCCUGCAAGUUACCGCAGAUGGCAUAAUCGAGUCAUGCACGCAGAAUAUACGGGAGCUUAUCGGCUAUGACAAGCAGGAGUUAUAUCGUAAGCCACUUUACCAGUACCUGUAUCCCGGUGAUCAUGCGAAAUUAGAUCCCCUCAUAAAUAAUAUGUCAUAUGGUGGUGCCGGCAACGGCGGCGGUAGUACGAGUGGAGGUGUUGGUGGUAUUGGUUGCGGCAGCGGCAAUCAAACUGGCUGGGCGGAUCAGGAUGAUGCGAAUAGUGGCGCCAGUUCGCAACACUCGACCACUUCGUUGGGGCCAAGUGGGCCAAAAGGCAAACGUAACAUAGCUGCCAAAGUGCGAAUGCUAGUCAAAGAUAUGCGUUCGGCUACGCAAACAACGGCGACUGUUUCAAUGACGCACCCCAACGAUGCUAUAGACCAAAAAACUAUUCGACAGCACGUACAAGCCGAAAAGUAUGAGGAAAUCAUGCUGCUAGCAACACCUAUGAAGGAUGAUGGUGAUUCAACGUCUUCUAUUCUGUGCUUAAUCACCCGUCCCGAGGACGAGCCGACCAUGCAACAGAUGCAACCACAGCCUAUCGAGCAUUUAACAUUUAAACUUGAUGUACACGGCAAGAUACUCAAUUUGGAUACUACCGCGCUUCGGGAACCAUAUAGACAGCAUCUGAGCAGUUGGUUGGGACGUCUGUUGCAGGACCUUUGUCAUCCGCAAGACCUUUGUGCUCUCAAGGCGCAUUUACGCGAGGUACAGGAGUCAGCUGCAUCGGUGCAUCUAAUGAAUUCGCCAGCGGCUCAAUCGCCUGGUGGCACUGCCGCUACGCUUAUUAAUCCUCCCAUUGCUAAUGUGAUGUCGCGCCCGUUUCGCUUACGACUCGGUGCUCCCGAUGUUUACGUACAUGUAAAGGCCAAUUCACGACUUUUUCUUAAUCAAUCGCAAACUGAGGGUGAUUAUAUCAUGUCACUGCAAACAAUUCUUAAUUCAGAUAACGAUAUGGGGGGUGGAAGUGUUAGCGGGAGUUUAAGUAUUGGUGGCAGUGGUAGCGGUGGAAUUAUGACGUCUAGUGGUAUGCCCAACAUGUCCCCGAGCCCUUCGCUUGUCUCGCCCCUUUCGCUGCCAUUGGAUGCUCUUGUGAACAACAACUCGUCCUGCUCCUCGUCGUCGGCGUCCGCCUUAGGAGGGGCAGGUAGUAGUGCUCACUUGCUUGGAGGAUUGGUUGGUGGCGGUGGUAUGCCACAGCAUACCACGCAAACCACCAAUGUUGGCGGGCCACUAAUGACGUCGGCGGUCAUUAAUGGUACUGGUAAUGGGUCACAACGCAACAAUACAGUCGCAGCAACAUCGGCGUCCACCUCAAAUAAUUCCACGCUCGUCAAUUCCUUUACAGCAUCACCUGCUGGGCCCGAAGCAACUAUCUUCUAUACCGCCGAUCCCUUCGAUUUUGACUUGGCACAUUCCAGUUUUGAAAUGGAUGCCACUGGCUGGACGGAUUCGCGCCCUAAUUCGCGCGCCUCAGUUACUACGCCGGUGAGUACACCGCGACCUCCCUCAGCGGGGCAUGGCUUUAGUCCGGCAGUUUGUGCUUCACCGUCGACACCAUAUCAACUAUCGUCACAUUCAGCUGCUAGCUUACCAUCACCUCAGUCAAAUGCAAGCCAGCCAUCAUCCGCGGGCCCUUUUGGCUUUGGGUUCCCUGCAUUCGAUACAAGUGAUAAAAAUAGUGAGAAGGAGCAUAUGAAUACAAGCGGCAACAGCAAUACUAGCAUCGGCAGCAAUAAUCCUGGACAACAAGGGAGCACGCUGAGCGGUGGUGGAAAUUUACCGAAUGGCGGCCCGUCGUUGCUGACCACUGUUGGUGUUAUGGGUCAGCCACAUGUACAGCCCACACUUCCGCAACCCGAGUCGGAACGUUUGCGACAUUUGCUAACAAAUAAAUCACUUUCAAUGCCGUCAUCGAUGCAUCCGGCAGAUGGUGACAAGGAUCAUCUCAAUAUGCGUCAAAAGUUUUACAAUCAGGACCUACUGAAUUCCGAUGAUGAUAAGGAUGGUGGCGGUGCCGGCGGUAGCAACAGGGGUUCCUCCGGCAUGUUUAAAAUGGGCGCCGCUGGUAUAAUGAGCGCACGCCUAUUUGGCGGUGGUGCGAUGCCAAAAUCUGCAAAUUCCAGCAAUCCCAUGUUACUGUCGCUGCUCAACGAAAAAUCGGAGGAUGACGACGGAAAAGGUCCUUCGCUCGGUCGCCAAAGUGAAUUGAUGCGCCAGUUGCAAAAGGACGACGGCCAUUAUGGUCAUUCGCAUAGUCAUGGUCAUGGUCCGCAUCAUUCCAAAGAUAUGUCGCAAGAAGAUUUGUUGAAGAGUUUAAAGUAUCAAGGUGAUCCUACGACGCGGAAACGUUCGCUACAUGAACCCGACGACGGCAUAUCAGCAAAGCGGGAGAACGACCGGCCGUCCAAACUACGUGAAAACAACAAAAUGCUCGCCUCUCUGCUGGAAAAUCCACCAAAGAACCCCAUAGUCACUGUGCCGCCUCAGGUAAAGACCAUCCCCGACAUUGCGCCCACAACAAGUCGUGUCAGUUCGACUCUCGGUAGUAUGGGUGUAUCGACACCAAGUAGCUUAGGGGGCAUGACGUCAAAGAGUGCCUCAAUGACAACGACCUCAGCAACAAGUGCCAGCAAUACCGCCGUUGGCGGUGGAAGAGGCAAUAAUAUGCGUAAACAGUUUUCCGAUGCCUACCUCACGCUGCAGCAACAGCAGCAGCAACAACAUCAGCAACAGUGUUUAAGCGGCAUGCAACGUCCUCCACAACAGCAACCGACACAGCCAUCUCAGUCGCAAAUGAACUUUUCGUCACCGGACGCGUUCGGAACAUCUUCACACAACACCAUAGCUACCUCAGGCACAGCCGUUGUUACAGCAUCCAUCGUGACAUCGCAACCGAACUCGCAAUUGGCGGCUUUGAGCGGCGUCGAUGGUGAUUCAGAACUGUCUAAAAUUUUGGACAGCGUCAUGGACUACGUUUCAGACGAUGGACCCUUUGUGUCGACACCUACUCCAACUGCCAUGUCUGGACUGACGCAGCAAGAAAUCAACGAACGUAUGGCUAUCAAUGCAAUACAAAAUUCGUUGAUGGUGGAGACAUCUCAACUACAGCAGCAACAUCAUCCACAGCAGCCGCAACCGCCAGCUUAUCCAGGCAGUAUGAUGAGUAGUGGGGGCGGCGGGAGCGCUAGUGGGGGUUUGACACAACAGCAGCAACAACAUCAGCUACAACUGCAGCAACUACAAUUAUUACAAAGGCAGCAAGCAGCUAUUGGAGGCAGUCAGCAACCAUCGCAGGUGCAGCAAAUGCUGGAGAUGCUGCGUGCCAAUCCCAAUCAAGUCUUUCAACGUCCACCGCCAAUGUAUCCAGCAGCGCGCAAUCGUGGCCCUAUGAAUGCGGUUACCACACCUGGAGGAACGGUUCUGCCAGCUCAUCAACAAUAUCGCAUUCGCCAACAACAGCAACAGCAGAAAGAGCGGCUUCUGCAGCAACAACAAAAGCAACAGUUGUUGGUGCCAGAAAGUGCGACCGCGCGAACAGACCAAUUGUGUCUCAAUCCAAGCAUCAACAACAUUGGUUCGCUGCUCAAUAAUACAGUAGCGCCAAAUGUCGCUUUGUCGCGUACCAACUUGCCGCCCGAUUCCCAACUGAGUCCGAGUUUUGCGCAGAGUUUACUGCAGCAGCAACAACAGUUAAGCCCCGGUCAACGUAAUGCGGCGUUCAGCCCUCAAGCCAAUACCGGGUAUGGACCGCAAUUCACUCAAAGCGGACAGCGAUUAUCUCCUCACCAGCAGCAUCUUUCCCAGCAGCAGCAACAACAAGUAAAUGUGCAACAACAACAGCAAAUGGCAUUUCAGGCGGCCCAAGCAGUGGGCGCUAAUGUGGGAGCGCAACUUUCACCACGGCAACCGCCAUUUGGCGGUGGUCCAGGUGGAGGUGGGGUACAAUCUCCUGGUAGCAUGUCGAAUUCGUCUUCGCAACAAUGGAGCGCUGGUGGUAAUGGUGUCGGUGGUCCAGGUGCGCAAUUAAGUAGUAAUGCAACAACACAGCGAGGCCACUCGUUGCAACAGCAUAAUCCCAUGUUGAGCGCGCAGUUGCAAGGUGUUAGUCCCUAUACAGCACGCCCAUACCAAAAUCAACGGCGUAGUCUUAACUCUCCUGGAGGCGGUACUCCAGGUAAUGCAGUUGGCAGCGCUAUUGGUGCCAAUGUGGGUCUUCAGCGACAAGCCUCGUUUCAAAGUGGUGAAGGUGGAAGUUUCAGUGGCACAUCAAGUUCGCCAUCCCCGCAAUCGCCGUAUGGAGGGCCCUCCACCAAUGUGUUCCAGCAGCAACAGAUGCAACGCAUGCAACGGCAAAGUAGUGUGCCACAAGCAACGCAGCAUUUACCCGGCUCACCACGCCCUUACGGUGCCAAUCUGAAUCACGAUAAUAUUGCGAGCACAAGCGGCAAUGGCGCCGCCUCAAGCCUCGGCAUGAAUGGCGGUGUCAGCGUCGGCGUUAGUGUCGGUGUUGGCGGUUUUGGCGGCAUGAUGUACAAUAGUAUGCAACAUGCUGCAAAUGCGGCACCUCCACCACAAACACCAAAUGAUUUUUAUGGUCGCGCGCAGACCGCUGGCAACACGGCCAAUUCUUCUGAUUUUGUAAAGCAAGAAUUACGUGCUGUGGUGAGCGUGCGUGCUCAACAACAGGCUGCUGCAGCAGGAGGAUCCAGCGCGUCGGCCGGUGGUAAUGGAGUUCCUGGCGGUGGUGGGGGCAAUGGUGGUGGUAGUAAUGGAGGUUCUGUCGGUCCCAGUGGAUUGCGCAUAAGUGGCACACCGCAGAGUCCAUUAAGCAAUACACAACCAGGAUCAAUGAGUGGUGGCAGUGCUGGUGGCUUAAACAGUACGAAUCCGCUUAGCAUGCAACAACAACAACAAUCUGGCCCUCAUGGCGCCGGUAGCGGAGGUGGCGUUGGCCAGAAUUCACUGCUUAGUACGCCAACAGAUCCCACAAUUAAUUUUAGUUUUGAUACACAAGAUUUCUUUGGUAACAACACUACGAGGUGACCAUAAAAAGUUUGGACUAGUACGCACUCAAUUAACGAUCGUAAACAACAAAACAGUCCCAUGAUUGGGAAGAAAAACAUCUGCAAUGCAUUGCACGAAAUUUACACUUUAAGUGAAAUUAAAAAUUUAGCAAAAAAUAUGAUAACUACGGUUCAUUACACUAAAAAACCGAAAAAAUUAAAAUAUUUUCAUUAUUUAAUAUAAUUUACGACCUAAGCAAAUUGAAAAUAAAUGACAGAAAAAAUGAUAAAACACGUACGGAGGUGCAAUAGAACCUUAGCAUUUAUUUACUUAAAAAUAGUAAUAUAUCAAAAUACUUAAAAACCAUAACUGAAAUAUUAAAAAAAUAUUUAAUGCAAAACAAGUUUUCGACAGCAACAAUGAUUGAUAUAAGGACUAAAACAAAAACAAAUUAACAACUCUUAAUAUUUAUGCAUAAAUAAUAUGUUCUUUGAUGCAUUUCUGUAAAAAAAUUAAUAAAUUCACAAACAAAUAAUAUAAAUAAGAACCACAACCACAGAGAAUUAAAUUAGUUAGGAGUUACCAGAUGACAAAGUCUUGUAUAUGUAAAUAUUACCAGAAUUUAUGAAAACAAAAAACAAAAUAUUAAUUGCCACAAGCAAGUAAAAAUUGGUUAUUAUGGGUUGAAUUAAAAAAAACUCUGCGAAAGAAUGCAAAGUAGUGGAAUUGGUAGUUAAAAAUGCGGAGUGGGAGAGGCUGGGCUGCAAAACCGAUCGAGGGUAGACCCCAAUGUGCACAUAUACAAGAAAUAGUUCAAUAUAAACAUUUUUUAAAUAAGUUAGAAUUCGACGAAAUAAAAAUGAGAAUGGGACGUUUCAAAGGGGUGGGACGAAGCGAUAUUAAUUUUUUAGUAAAAGCACGCAAGGGAAUAGGAUCGUAUGGAUGUAUGCAUGUAAGACCUAGUUUGUUCUAUGAGUGUAUAUUUGCAAAUGGGGGAAAACUAAUUAAGUUCUAAGCGUUGAGAAUUUUUAAUACGCUAACGAUGAAGAGUUAAAAUUAUGGAAAUCGUAAAGCAGCAAAAUUUUACAAUACAAUUUAUCAAGUAAAUUAUGAGUGGUGAAUUAUUUUUUAAUGAACUAAAUUAAACCUUUUUAACGGCUACCAACUAAAUUAAAUUUUCAAGAAACUCUCGAAAUUUGUAUUUUGAAAUUUAUCGACAAAAUUUUGCUACAAAUUUAUUGACUAGUUGAAUGCUUCAAAACACAAAGCAGUGAUAAAUGAAAAAGAAACAAAAUAAUGAUGAAAGUAUUUACCUUUUACAAUAUAGGAUAUUAAUGAAUAAUGUUAAAGUGAAGGUGACGGAAAUAUAGCCAAAAAAGAAGCAAACAAGAAGCAUUUUGUGAGCAAUGUCUAUAGGCAAAAUUAAUUCGUUUUCAUAAAUAUAAAAAAUAAUUGCGAGUAUAAUGAAUCAAAGAAUUAUGUUUUGCAUGAUUUAAUUAAUUGGAGUUAUUAUAAAUGUAUAUGUCUUUUGCAGUUUAACUGUUGUUCACAGUUUGUGUAAUUCUAUAAGAACACUGGAAGCUAAUAAGAAAUAGUGAUUAAAAACAUUACAUGGCAAAAUAUGUUUAAAAAGUAUGUUUUAAAUUUGACUAAGGGUUAAAACGGUGAAUGAAAAUAGCACAGCAAUGUGCGAAAAUUCGAUGAUUUCAAAUCGUUUAACGUUGUUUCAACAGCAUAACAUAACCGACGUGGAGACUCUUUGAAUGACGUCAUUUGAAUAAGUUGUAACAAUAUUUUAUUAUAAAAUACUUACGCUGAUCGGAUUAGGCUUUCUAUAGUAAAUUGACCAGUGCCGGCACAACUGAAAAAACAUCGCAGAUGAAGGAAAUCGUAACUUCCGAUACACGAAUUGUUAAAGUUAGUGCUGCCCCCCUUUUUUUUGAAAAUUUUCAAAAUUGAAUUUCGCCACACUAAUAUAAAUAUUUCUUGAAAUUCCUUACCAAUUUGUUAGACCAACUUUAGCUAUUAGAAAUACGAACCUUCCUUAUUUUGUAUUUAUGUAAUGGUUUUAAACACUCGCUUAAAAUAUUGAGCUCGGGCAUACGAGUUUCCGAUUAAGCUCACAUGGAAGAAACUCUUAUAUGUUUCCUUUCAUUUUCACGAUUGCGCACCUACCUAUAUAAUGCUAUUAACUAUUUUUGUUACUGUUAUAUGUGGAUGUUUAUUUAUUCACUACCCUAUAUGGAAAAAUCAACUUUUUUCUGGGUAUUGGUCCAAGCCAAUUUUUUCUCUCUCUCUCCUUUUAUUAGUUAUUAUUAUUAUUAUUGAUUUUGACUUCGAUUAUCUCCUCAGGAUUUUUGUUCCUCAUCACUAAUGGGCUUAGAGUCGCACGGUUUAGUUGACCUUAUAGCACCUGUAAUAGAAGUUUGUGUAAUACAAAAAAAAUUUAUUACUAAUCUUUACUUUAGUUAUAUAAUUUUUUACCCGAGGUCCGAUUUCGGUUAACUCAAAGUUAAUUUCGAAAAACGGAGAAAGUAAUUUUUUACAUAUGACUCAAUCUCUUUGAAAAAGUUGGUUUGGUCCAAUAUCCAGCCGAGUGCUGUACUGUUUAUUAAUUUAAAUUUGGAAUGCAUAAAGAUUUAUUAUUUUAUAUAUAUAAAUUUAUGACCGUUAAAAAUAUGAUAUAUUAAUAUUUACCACAAGUUAGUUCAUUUCAAUACUUUUAUUUUAAUGGCAUAGGCCAACGCUAUUAUAAAUUGUAAAUAUAUACAAUAAACGGAUAUUCAUAUAUGUUUCAUUAUCUUUUUAUAAAGCCGAAUAUUUGAGUUGUUAAACAUUAGUCUAAUAAAUGCGUGCAUCUUGUAUUUUACACAGUGCUAGUGUGAAAAAAGUAAGAGAUAUAAAAACUUAGUUAAUUACAAAGGUUUAAAAAAUCUAAAAUAAAUAUCUAAUAUAAUUUAA